UGACAGUAAACAAAUUUGAAGCGGUUUUAUCAAUCAGAGUAUACACAUUUUAUUAAAUGUGAAAAACACAAUUUUCAGCAGCAUCUUUCAAUAUUAUGGAUCUAAAAAUAUGUCGUAACACAAAAAGACGUUGAAAGUCAUCGUUCAGCUAGUAACUUUAACCUCAAAAAUCAAUUUUCGCGACGCGUAACGAAUUAUGAGUGCAUGUACGAAUAUAAUGAAAAUCAUAUCGAGUGAUUCAGGUCUAAAUAUAUAGAUGAGAUAAAGAAAGACGUUAGAACGACGUUACUAGGUAAUUAGAACCCAUUAAUCACAGCGUGUUUCAUUUGGUUUCAUUUGUGAUGUGGAGUGCGGUAGAACUGUUUUUAAACAGUGCUUUGUUGUGGAUUUUCUUCGAAGUCGCCUGUAUUUUAUCCGUAAACGCAUUUUAUAUUUCUGUGCCAUGGUUUGUUUGGGGUGCUCUGAUCGUUACUGCAGUACUGUGGUUUAUAAGAAUCCCACAGCCCGAUUCAAGUAUCGUGAAAGAAGUACUUGGAGAGGAUCUUCUCAGUGUGAAGAAAGAUGAUCUGACUCGAGAAACCCGGGAGCAGAACUGCAUGCGAGUGGUGGCUCAUCGUGGUGGAGGAUUCGAUUAUCCAGAAAACAGCUUGGCAGCUUUUCGUAAUUGCAAGGAAAAAGGCUGCAAUGUGGUGGAAUUUGACGUAUCCCUUACAAAAGAUAACAUUCCAAUAAUAUUCCACGAUGUAACUAUUGAAAGACUAACCGGCCAUGUAGGAGUUGUUAAAGAAAUGACAUGGGAUCAACUUAAAGAAUUAGAUAUAACGCACAAUCAUCCUCUUAGAAAUAAGUUUGUCAAUGGUGCAAAAAUCGCAUUAUUCGAUGACGCCAUUGAGGAAUGUUUACGGAAUGGCCAACGCAUGAUCAUAGACAUAAAGGAAAAAGGGUUGGAAAUAGUGCAAAUAAUAAUAGAUGCCUUCAAGAAAAACCCCGAUCUUUACCGAAAGGCCAUCGUAUCAAGCUUUAAUCCUUUAAUAAUAUAUAUGAUACGAAAAAAAGAAUCACGAAUAAUAUCAAGCCUGGCAUGGAGGCCCAGAUUUUUCUCGACAAUAACUUACAAGGGAUUGGACGGACCAUCAACGGGACGUUUUCGAAAUCCAUUUAAAAAUAUUUUGGCCACUGCUCUUGAUAUCAUUCACGAUUGGGCCUUGCAUCGUUUCACUUAUUACAUUUUGGGCAUCUCUGCUAUAUUAUUGCACAAAGACGCUGUUAACCCCGAAGUUGUUCGCUGGUGGCAUGUGCGAGGUGUACGCGUAAUUAUAUGGAUUGUCAACUUGCCGUCUGAAAAGUUACACUAUUCAAGGGUUCUUAAAGUACCAUACUUGACGGAUAGCUUGCUAUCUGAAGAGAUUCCAUGACUCGUAUUGUAAAUCUAUUUGAUAUAUUUAUAUAUUUAAAAAAAACUUCUGAAUCGCGUGUGCUUCGAAGCACUGGAUAUUGAAGUGACAGCAAAAUGACAAAAUUAUAUCACUCUAAAUGUAUUGCUCUAAUUAUUUAUAUAUGCAUCGAAGCUCUCUUUUAAGUCGCCGCCAAUGAUCAAAGAUAAUAAAAUUGUGUACAUAUAUUUUAUACAAAAUAUGAUAUCAUCACUUGUUGCAGUAAUGAUUGAUUAAAUUUUAAUGUCGACGGUUAUAAUAACUACAUCAUAAUUUAUGAAACAUAGACGACGCUUUUACAUAUAGCUCUGCUUUUAUGUAUUAUUCAAGGCACAAAAAAUCAGUUUUGAUAAUAGGAAUAUCACUGGUGAAAAACCAAGUUUUUCACUUUCGAGCUUUUACCAGCUCACUUUUGUAAAAUGUUUAAAGAAUUUACGUAAUUGCUUCCUGUAUAUGA